GCACUUGGAGAUAGAGUGAUGAGCUUGGAGUUUGGAGAGGGGUCAUGUGGAGGAAAACAUAAUAAAACCCAGGAUGCCAGACAAAGUUGUUAAAGAUUAGAAGGGAAUAUUUGGGAGGAUGUAAGGGGAAUUAGAAGCUAAUAAUAAUAAUAUUGUGGAAUUAGGGUUUACGAUGUGUACAUAAGGAAGAAAACAAAAAACCCUUUGUGGCUUUUCUCUUUCAUCUGAUGAUCUCUUUCUUUCUCUUUGAGGUCAAUGGGUGGGUCUGCCCCCAUCAAACUAAAAUUCGUAUUAUAUAUAAUAUAAAAUCAGUAUAUUUUAUUAAAAUUCAACAUCUCGUGAGAUUUUGAGAAAAAAAAAAAUGAUGAAAGAAAAAAAAAAAGAAUUUUACUAGUACGCUCCAAUAUACGUAGCCUGGCCCUGCCACCAUAUAUAAGCAUAAAUUUAUAUAAGAAUAGUAAAGCCAGUUAUUUUAAUAAAAUAAAUAAAUAAAAAGUAUUAAAGGAGAGAGAGAGUAUGAAGCGAAGAGAGUGGGGGAAAAGGAAUCACACAUGAGGGUGUCUUUCUCGGUCUAACAAUUUUUAUCCCGUCGUCUCCGGGGAAGGCAAAAUCCAAAGUGACUAUAUUUUUUGGGGUUUGACUCUUUUACAAAUUCUUUAGACCUUGUGCUCUUCUUCACUCCCACUACUUCUUCUUCUUCUUCUAGUGUCAUUUUCCGAGAUAUACUCUCGAGGAGGAACACUAUACCCAAAUCCCCUACUUCAUCUAUCUUUCUCUCUCUCUUUCUAUUUCAUUACUUUUUGUUAUUUUCCCUAGUUCUUUGCCUUAACAAAUCCACACAUCUAUCCCUCUUUCAUUAUCCGUUCCAUAUGUCCAAAUACCUUUUUUUUUAUUCUCCUCUGUUUUUCUAAUCAACAUAAUUCUCUUCAUCCUCCAUUAUUAACUCAUCCCUAACUUUGAGCUAGCGAUAGCCAUCUUUCUAUUUCAUUAGAGGAAGAUAUAAAUAUAUAUAUAAAGCAAAAGAAAAAAAAGAGGAUCAACCAACAAAAAAAAAAAGAGAAAAGAAAAGAAAAAGACCGGUACCCACUCACUUAAUUCAUCAAUAUAUCUUCUUCUUUUCUUUCUUUACUUGUCUUCCUCAUCAAGUUGGAGUAAUUAAGAAAGAAAACAAACCUAGUGAAAAUAUUCGGAAAAUUAGUUAAGACGGCCGGGAAAAAUAUGCCCUUGGAGGGGAUUUUCAUUGAGGCAUCUUCUUCAACACCAACAGUACUUCCUGAUCUUUCUCUCAACAUAAGUCCCCCCAACACUACUAGUACUUGCUCUUCUUCCGCUGCUGCCGCAGCCCUUGAUGAUGCAAGGUUCGAUCUCGAUCUCUCAUGCCGAAGAAGGGAAGCAGAUAACAACAAUUUAACAGCUUGCAGUAGUAGUAGUACUACGACUACUACUAACACCUCCAAAGCACACACCGACCUCUCUUUAGGGAGAUUAAGCUUGAUCAGCAGUAGUGGUAGUAAUCUCAACGGAGCUGGGGACCAACCCCAAAACCCUUAUCAUCAUCACCAACAGCACCAUCCUCAAUAUGCUCACCAUCUUUAUAACCAUACAAUCAAUCGCGGUGGCGGUGGUGGUGGCCUUUCGCUUCUAGAUGUGUCGGCCGAUGCUUUUCGUCCUAUUAAGGGUAUCCCGGUCUAUCACAACCGCUCAUUUCCUUUCUUCUCUGCUGAUAACACAAGGGUUGUUGAUCAUGUUAAGGAUCCCAAGAUGUGCUUCUACCAAAUGGCACCAUCACUAUCAGGAGCGACAGCGACCCCUUAUUUUGGCAGUAGAGGAGGAGGAGGUGGUGGAGGGGUAGGGGGGUUGGAUCCAAUGUCGAUGCUGAGCUCACCAGGGCUUCCAAAUGGGUCUUCCAUGGCUGCAGUAGCUGCUUAUAGAGCUGCAAGGCUUAACGGUUUAGCUGCAGCUGCCGAGGCCUAUAAAUCAGCCAAUAACCAGCUGCACCACCACCAUCAUCAACUCCAUCAACAUCAUAAUCAUCUUCAUCACCACAACAAUCAGUACGGGCAGACGGAGAUUAGCUCUCAUGGGACGAUGAGAGCUAGAUUUUUGCCGAAACUGCCAACUAAGCGGAGUAUGAGGGCACCAAGAAUGCGCUGGACAAGCACCCUACAUGCCCGUUUCGUCCAUGCCGUUGAGCUUCUUGGCGGCCAUGAGAGAGCCACUCCAAAGUCGGUCCUAGAGCUGAUGGAUGUUAAAGAUCUAACCUUAGCUCAUGUUAAGAGCCAUUUACAGAUGUAUCGAACUGUUAAGACUACUGACAAGCCUGCAGCCUCAUCAGGGCAAUCAGAAGGGUCUGGAGAGGAUGAAAUGUCGCAGAUUGGAAUGAGCGGCUCAGAUAGUACUGGUGGUUUACGUACUCAAUAUGUGGACCAAAGAGGACCGCCCGAUCGGUCUAAUUUACAACCUGAUCAAAUGGACUACCAAACAAGUCUUUGGAGUAAUUCCUCCAGCGGAAGAGAGGUAUGGUCGUCUCAGAACAACUCUAGCGACAUAGAUGGGCUUCCACUACAGUCUUCAGUAAUAUCGCAACAAAUUCAGGAAUGCGAGUCAACUCGAGUGAAGAGCUAUGUAGGAAACAACAACAGUUUUGAAGGAAAAAUUCCUAGCUUGGAGUUCACCUUAGGCAGACCAGGCUGGCAAGGAGAAGAAAUAUGACAACUCGCUAUUUUUUUUUUUAUUCUCAUCUUCUUCUUCCUUUUUUCCCUAGAAUGUACCUUUCCAUAUAAAUAUAUAUAAAAUCGAUCUUCUACUCAAAUCAGAAAAAAAAAAAUGAUCUUCUACUUCUUCAACACAUUUUACAAUAUUCUAGAACUGCUUUUACAAUAUUCGUUGAUGAAAAUUAUAGGUCAUGAACGAAAGGGUGGAUAUUGAUAUUGGUGAAAUAGUCUUCGUUAUGUGUAUGUAUAUAUAUGAGCUAAAUUUGCAAGAAGUCAAGUGAGGGUAGUUAUUUAUGUAAUACAACUUAAUUUUUGAGGAUU